GGUGACAGGGAGGGGAACGCUGGGCACGGAGGGCGCGGGGCGGGCUCUUUGGCUCCGUCGGCCGCACCGUCCCGGUGUCCCUGCGCCUGCGCCUGCGCCUGCGCAUGUCUGCCCCGGCCGGCGGGGAGGUGGGGGUUUCUCCUCCACUCGCUUCCCUGCGAGGCCGGCUCCGCGCUGUCGAAGCGCGCCAGCGUUGCGAAGGAGACCCAGGAGCUCGGCCCCAGCCGCAGCCAAGAUUCACCAGCCACGCCCCUCCCUCAACUCGGCAACCCCAAAGGACUCUGAACCCUGGUCCCUCUGGUUGUUGGAAUCAGCUUUGUCUCCGGGAAGAAGCUGCUUCCAGUCUCCGGAAAAAUCCUUUGUUGUGAAGACGUUCCCCAAGCACCCCACAUCAGCCAACACAAGGCCUGGGAAGGAGACUGUUCGGUUGUGGCAGAGUGGCCCUGCCCAGUUUGGUUUCCCUCAGCCCUUGCCUGCAUCCUCAGGUGGAACUGGGGUGGACUCAGCUUGCUCCUGGGUACCCAUGGCUUCCCAGCUGCGGAUACGGCUGCUGACAUGGGACGUGACAGACACGCUGCUCAGGCUCUGCCGCCCUGUCGGGGAGGAGUAUGCCACCAAGGCCCGGGCCCAUGGGCUAGAAGUAGAGGCCGCAACCCUGGGGCAAGCCUUUGGGCAGGCCUACAGGGCUCAGAGCCACAGCUUCCCCAACUAUGGCCUGAGCCGUGGCCUCACCUCCCGCCAGUGGUGGCAGAAUGUGGUUCUACAGACCUUCCACCUGGCGGGUGUUCGGGACGCCCAGGCAGUGGCCCCAAUCGCUGACCAGCUGUACAAGGACUUCAGCAGCCCCUGCACCUGGCAGGUAUUGGAGGGAACUGAGGCUACCCUCAGAGAAUGCCGCAAACGAGGUCUGAGGCUGGCAGUGGUCUCCAACUUUGACCGGCGGCUAGAGGGCAUCCUGGUGGGUCUUGGCCUGCGGGAACAUUUUGACUUUGUGCUGACCUCUGAGGCUGCUGGCUGGCCCAAGCCAGACCCCCGGAUUUUCCUUGAGGCCCUGCGGCUUGCUCACCUGGAGCCUGACAUGGUGGCCCAUGUUGGAGACAGUUACCGCUGUGAUUACCAGGGGGCACGGGCUGUAGGCAUGCAUGGCUUCCUGGUGACUGGCCCAGGGCCUCAGGACCCUGAGGUCAAGGUUUCUGUGCCCAAAGAUCACAUCCUCCCCUCACUGUCCCAUCUCCUGCCUGCCCUUGACCACCUGGAGGGCUCUCCCUCGGAGCUUUGAGUCUGGUAUGGGAAGUGAUUGGGUCCUAAGGCCCUGGAGAAUCUCCUAGACAAAUAUUGGAGACAGGGAGCCCCUCCCUUCCCCACAGAUCUGGCCUUUGCCCCUCUCCCUGCAGCCUCUACAACCACUCUGACUAUGAAGCAGUGAGUGCUGGGCUUUCAGCACAGCCCCCCUAACCACCUCCUGGUCUCUGCAUCCUAUCAUUCCUCCCCAUUCCACCCAUGUCCCUUUUCCACCAUGAGUCCCCCCUCACCUCCAGCAGGAUUCACUGAGGGCCCAAGGAGCUUCAAAACCAGGUGCUUUGAAACUUUGUUUUACCAGCAAGGCCCUUUUGUCAUGGGAGGCCUUACAUGGAACCACAAUAUGCAAAAAAAAAAAAAAAAAAAGAGAGAGAGAGAGAGAAAGAAA